GGUUAGUGGAACAUAAAGCUGUUUCCGCGGCUGUCAGCGCUUUUAUACCCGGCCGUUGAGGAGGAGGACACGCCCCCUCACAGGGCAGAACCUGAUUGGCUCAUCUCGGCUGUCAGUCACCCCCAUCAUCAACCGUUGCUUCCUGUGGACUCACUCCGCUCCGCUCUGUUCUGUCUGCAGCAGUUGAGUCUCCGGUAUGGCCAGAGAGGCGCCUCACUCCUCAACUUUCUACCACUUACGUUUCGUUUGACACGGUUUAUAUCACCUGGGAAUGGAUUUGUGAACGGAAUAACCUCAAAUUGAGUUUACUCGAGUGUUUAAAUAGUUGUUUGUUUGAGUUGUUGUGAGGAAAGAAGAAGAAGAGGAGGAGAAAAUGCCAGUUGCAACUCUUCUGCCUUUCACCGCGACCCCGAAUAGGAAGUCUGCCAACCCGACCUCGUUCAGGUUGACAGAGAAAUUCAUCUUGUUGUUAGUGUUCAGCGCUUUUAUAACGUUGUGUUUCGGGGCCAUUUUCUUCCUCCCGGACUCCUCCAAGCUGCUCAGCGGAGUUUUCUUUCAUUCCUCCGCGGUGGAGACCAACACCCGCACGGGUCCCGGUACCGGUCCGGACAGCAGCGACCCGGGUUCCGCUGGAAACAACGACGAGAAGGUCCUGGCCAAGAUCAGGAAGGACCACGAGAAAGCUCUGCUAGAGGCCAAGGAUACUCUCCAGAAACGACCCGUGGACAUCCAACAAGACAUUAUAAACGACAAGGAGACAGUUGCAAAGGAGAGUCAAGGUAGCAAGGAUGUCAAUAAGUUACCUUUCGUUGAGUAUCACCGCCCUCCAGGUGCGACUGGACACGAACCUGUGGACCCAGAAGCCAAGGAGAGACGGGCGAAAAUCAAAGAGAUGAUGAAACAUGCGUGGGGCAGCUACAGGCGCUACGCCUGGGGUUCCAAUGAGCUCAGGCCCGUCUCCAAGCAAGGCCACUCCAGCAAUCUAUUUGGCAGUAUAAAGGGAGCGACGAUAGUGGAUGCUCUGGAUACCCUCUACAUCAUGGAAAUGUUUGAAGAGUUUGAAGCUGCUACGGACUGGGUGGAGAAGAACCUCGACUUUAAUGUGAACGCAGAAGUGUCUGUGUUUGAGGUGAACAUCCGGUUCGUUGGAGGUCUGCUGUCCGCCUACUACCUGUCUGGGAAAGAGGUAUACCGUAGGAAGGCGGUGGAGCUCGGUGAAAAGCUGCUGCCAGCCUUCAAAACGCCCACCGGCAUCCCUUGGGCUUUGCUUAACCUCAAGAGCGGUAUUGGUAGGAACUGGCCCUGGGCCUCGGGCGGCAGCAGCAUCCUGGCAGAGUACGGCACCCUGCAUCUGGAGUUCAUGCACCUCAGCAAACUCUCAGGGAAUCCGGAGUUUGCACAGAAGGUAAUGAACAUCCGGAAAGUGUUAAAUCGCCUGGACAAACCCCAGGGACUCUACCCCAACUACCUGAACCCCAACAGCGGCCAGUGGGGCCAACAUCACGUGUCCGUGGGUGGCCUGGGUGACAGUUUCUAUGAGUACCUGCUGAAGGCCUGGCUGAUGUCUGACAGGACUGACGAGGAGGGCAAGAAGAUGUAUUAUGAUGCCCUGCAGGCGAUAGAAACCAACCUGAUGAGGAAGUCGAGCAGUGGGCUGACCUACAUAGCGGAGUGGAAGGGGGGCCUACUGGAGCACAAGAUGGGUCACCUGACCUGUUUCGCAGGUGGCAUGAUCGCUCUGGGCGCUGACGGGGCGCCCAGCGACAAGACGGGACACCAGAUGGAGCAGGCCGCCGAGAUCGCCCGGACCUGUCACGAGUCUUACGCCAGAACCACGUUGAAGCUGGGCCCGGAGGCGUUUCGUUUCGACGGCGGGGUCGAAGCCAUCGCCACCCGCCAGAACGAGAAAUACUUCAUCCUCCGUCCCGAGGUCAUAGAGACCUACAUGUACAUGUGGAGGUUCACCCACGACCCCAAAUACAGGGAGUGGGGCUGGGAGGCUGUUCAGGCGUUGGAGCAGCACUGUAGAGUAGAAGGAGGCUACAGCGGCGUCAGAGACGUCUACGCUCAGAGUCCCAACCACGACGACGUGCAGCAGAGCUUCUACUUGGCCGAGACGCUCAAGUACCUCUACCUGCUCUUCUCUGACGACGACCACCUACCGUUCGACCACUGGGUGUUCAACACCGAGGCUCACCCUCUGCCCGUCAUCAAGAAGGACAAAACAGACCUCCCCAACGAGGUGGAGUAGUGGAGUCUUCCUGCGCUGACGCCCCAAAACAAGUGCGAGAAACCUCUAAUCCUGUAAACCUGAGCCUCCAGCUGUCUGUCUGAAAACAGUUUAGCCAUUUGGAGUCCCCAAUGGUUACAGAUGCCUCUUGAUUGGGAUUUUUUUUAUUUUUAAUGGGAUCAAAACAGAAUUCGAGCCCGUUGGCGCUGAAUUCUUGCUGUAGAAUCCAGUUUUGUUUUUUUGUUGACGCUGACCAGAACCAACACAUUUACUGCCGGAUAACGUAAUAACUCUAAAUAAUGCAGUGAUCUCGUCAGACAGGUGCAUCUCUGAAGAUGUCACUACAUUAAGCGGCAGUUUAUUUCACCACCAGUCAUUUUUAACUCCUCCAGAGGAAACGCUCUGACCAGUUAUCACAUUAUUCGUCAGUGAUUUUGUUGUUUCGUAGCUACAGCUUCUUCUUUUCUGUGAAGGAGAACACUAACAGACCUGAAUCCAGUCGUCUCCGUAAUGUUUUUUGGACCUGAGCUUUGGGCAUCGAAACCCAGAAAGACUGCAGCUCCCGUCUGAGGAUUACCGGGCUGACUCAGUGAGCUAAAGGACGCUCCGCUCGCUUCACACGAUCGCGUCGUCGUCUUUUCCUUCUGCUGUACCGCUUCAAUAUCUGAAUAGGAACCGGUUUCCCUGCCGCCGCCACCUCCACCUGCUACCGUCUUCAGAGGAGCGAUUUCUUUUAUAAAAACACGUGGUUGUCUCUGUGGGAGUAAAGGAAAGACGCAGCACAACCCGAGCCUCUUUUUAUAAACCCACAGGACUUUAAAACCUCUGCUUCCCCCCCCCUAUCCUCGUCCCUCAUUACCUGAACACCUGACUGCUUCUUCCUUCCUCCGAGUGUUGGGUGUGACGCAGGACGACCAGCCGCACCAGCUCUCGCUACCUGCCAGUAAUUUCACUUUCUCCCCCCACAACGUUUACACAAAGCUGUCCCUCUCCUUCUGCUUAUCUCAUCUGUAUCUUUAUCUGGCUUUUUGGAUCUUGGAUUUCUUUCUUUUCCUCACACUUGCACCGAUGUUUCUGGGGUUUGACCGAUACACACGUUUUUCGACUGACAGCCCAAAUAGGUCGUGUCUAGAAGGUAACCUCCAAAUUGUGAAAACUUCCAAAAAACUCUCAUGAGACUCGCUGCCCGACGACCUAUCCUAACCUUAACCAUCUCGCGAGAGUUUCGCAAUUUGCGCGUUACCUUCUAGACACGAUAAAUAUGAAUCUAUUUUUUGUUUAUAGUUUUCCCCUCUGGAUUUUAUUCAUCGAUAUAUGGAAAAAAAAAACUCAUUAUCAAUGAUUACAGGGUUUUUAAAGUAAAUUAUAGCAUUGCCUGACCCCCC